AUGGCCAUAAGAGAAUUGGAACAUAGAGCACGCAAAUGUUAUGCGGAAGAAACCACUAUCCUUGGCCUUGGUGUUGACUCAGAUCAGUUCGUGGAAAUGAUGUUUCUUGACGGUUUCUUUAUCAUUGAGUUAUUUCGCACGUUUAUGAUGUUCUGCUCGCCAGGUGAAAAUCAACAAAAUUUCCAAUCAGUCCAGCUAGUAGAAGAACCGCUAGCUGAGGGUUAUCAUAUUUUCCAAUCACAGCAGAUUUUGUAUGCCAUAGGACGUGAUUUAAUUCUACUUGAAAAUCAACUUCCGUUCUUUAUCCUUAGCCGUUUGUUUGACAUAACUAAUAGCGAUUCAAACUUGGGAAUCAUUCAAAUAGCCUUAGAUUUUCUGAAAAACUUUACACCAGAGAAUAAAUUACAAGCUCCUAGUCAAAUCUCAAUCAACAACAUCAAACAUCUACUUGACCUAGUAAAUAAUUGUUGGUGUAACGAGACGAAAAUGUUUGAUGAGACGAAUAGAAAUGUAAUGAGAAAGAAAUGGGAGUUCAUAAAUUCUGCAACGGAAUUUCAGGAGGCUGGGGUUCAAUUCAAGAAGGCUGAGGGAAGCAACUUGUUUGAUAUAAAAUUCAUUAGUGGGGCUUUAAAAAUUCCAGUAUUAUCCAUCACAGACUAUACAGAGUCUUUCUUCACAAACCUAGUUGCAUUUGAGCUGUGUCCUUCAUAUGUUAAGCCAAAGUACGUUUGUGACUAUAUUGUCUUCAUGGAUCACCUCAUCAAUGCCUCCAAGGAUGUUCGUUUACUUAAUCGUAGUGGAAUUAUUGAAAGUUGGGUGGGUGAUGAUGCAGAGGUUUACUCCAUGUGGCACAAGUUGUUAAAAAUCACCCUAACAGAUCUUAAAAACUUUGGUUACCCUGAAGUUUUCAUUAAUGUAAACAACCAUUGUAAGGGAUGCCGAAACGUGUGGAUGGCAAACUUAAAGCGGAAUUACUUCAACAGUCCAUGGGCAUUCAUUCUCAACUAA